AUGGAGAAAUUUAAGGCUGCUGUCUUGCUGGCAGGGGUAGGGGAUGCUCUUGGUUAUCGAAAUUUCACCCGAGAAAACAGUGCUUUAGGUGCAAAGAUCCAAGAGGAACUAAAGGAAAUUGGAGGACUUGAGAACCUGGUGCUGUCUGGAGACAAAUGGCCAGUGAGCGACAAUACCCUCAUGCACAUGGCUACAGCAGAGGCUGUCAUCACAGAUUACUGGUGUUUAGAAGACCUGUAUCGUGACUUGGUAAAACGCUAUGUUGAGAUUAUUGACAAACUUCCCGGGAAAUGGUCAGACCCCGCUACCAUUGAAGGUUGCUCACAGUUAAAACCAGAUAACUAUCUCCUAGCUUGGCACACACCGUUUAAUGAAAAGGGUUCUGGAUUUGGAGCCGCUACAAAAGCCAUGUGUUUAGGGAUGAAAUACUGGAAGCCUGAGAGGCUAGAAACUCUUAUUGAAGUGAGCAUCGAAUGUGGACGAAUGACUCAUAAUCACCCUACAGGCUUUUUAGGGUCCUUUUGUACAGCUCUGUUUGUAUCAUAUGCAAUACAAGGAAAACCACUUGUGCAGUGGGGAAGGGAAAUGAUGAAGGUGGUCCCAAUGGCUGAAGAAUAUUGCAAAAAGACCAUUCGACACAUGGCAGAAUAUCAGGAGCACUGGUUUUACUUUGAAGCCAAAUGGCAGUUUUAUUUGGAGGAGAGAGAAAUCACUGAAGAUAAUCAGAAUAAACCCGUCUUUCCUGAUAAUUAUGAUGCUGAGGAGAGAGAAAAGACUUACAGGAGGUGGAGUUCUGAAGGACGAGGUGGAAGAAGAGGCCAUGAUGCUCCCAUGAUUGCAUACGAUGCUCUUUUAGGAUGUGGUGGUGACUGGACAGAACUUUGCAAUCGAGCAAUGUUCCAUGGGGGUGAGAGUGCAGCCACUGGAUCUAUUGCCGGCUGCUUAUAUGGAUUGCUUUAUGGCCUGAACAAGGUUCCCAAAGGCUUGUACCAGGAUCUUGAACUGAGGGAGAGGCUAGAAUACUUGGGCGAGUCUCUUUACCGACGAUCCACAGAGGAAAAGUAA